ACUGUCAUAAUAAACCACAGAUGUCUUUUGAUUUUCUUCCUCGACAUCCACGCAUUUUAGCGGAUUGAUUUUGCAUAACAGUCUCGUUUCAUCAAGUGCAUUUAGUUCAAAUAUUACAGAAAAUGCCUACAUAUGAGUUAGCACUAAUUCUUCGACAAAUGCCAAGGCCGGAAAUGGUAUCGGUGUUGAAACGUACUGCAAAUGCUAUCUUUGACAAGGGUGGUGUUAUCCGUAAGCUGGACAACUUGGGCACCCGACCUCUACCUUUUAAAACCAGUGUACACGGUCUGGUUCACCGGACGGGGUCAUAUUUUGUGUAUAAAUUCGACACACCACCUGCAACAGUCGAAGAUUUAGAAGAGGAAUACGGCCGAGACGUCGACAUUAUUCGGAAGCGAAUCUACAAGGCGGAUUCCACACUCCAGGAGCAAGUAAGCUGCACCCUUCACGAAGAAAUGCUCCCACCGGCAUACAGGAAAGAAGUUCAAAAAAUGGUCGCUACUGCAAAUAAGAACAAAAAGAAGGGUUUCCAGUACAAUACAGGCUACGACUAUUAUCCCUUCCAGAAGUAGGGAGGAGUUCAGUUUUCCGCAAUAGAUGUUAUAGCAAACUCAA